UUACUUCACGUUGCACAAUGUAGCUUGUUAUUGCGUAACCUUCCACAUAAAUAUAAAUACACGUGCUCGAAAUUUUACUUGGUGAAGUUUUUCUGUGUAACUUGUGUCUUACAGAAAUAGUAGGAAUUCAGUAUUCUAGUGAUACUGUAAGAAAUUUUGCAAAAGAUAUUAGGUAAGGACUAUAAAGUGGCCAAAAAGCGAAGAGUGUUGAAAAAAUUAAAAAAAACAUUAGGGGGUGGGGGAAAUAUUGUACCACUCAAACAGAGGAUACGGUUUUGGACCAUCGUCGAUAUAGGUGCUGCUCAUUCAUAGAUAAGGUGAAUCGUCUAGUGUGGACCCAAAUCAACAAAUUUCAAUAACAGCACACUGUUUAGAAACUACAGUCAUCAGUUCACUGUCAAGGCCACCCUUACAUCAUUCAUAAAACCGUUAAAAAUGGUACUUUCACUAGAUCGAUGGGUCGGAAAAGUCGCUGUAGUGACAGGAGCAAGUUCUGGAAUAGGUGCAGCCAUUGCAGACUUCCUCGUCGACAAAGGACUAAUAGUCGCUGGUUUAGCUCGUCGUUCUGAACGCGUAGAGAAAAAAGCUAAAGAGCUCUCUGGCAAAAAAGGGAAACUCCAUGCUAUUAAAACUGACAUCACCAAAGAAGAAGACAUACUGAAUGCCUUCAAAUGGAUCGAAGAAAAUUUGGGCCACGUUCAUAUCCUCAUCAACAACGCUGGUGUUUCGAAGGAGGAUUUUUUAAGAAAUGGAGAUGCAGCGAUUUGGAAACAAGUUUUGGAUGUGAAUGUCAUGGGUUUGUGUAUUGCUACUCGGGAGGCUGUAAAGAUAAUGUCUGCUAAUAACAUCAAGGGGCAUAUUAUUCACAUCAAUAGUGUGGCUGGGCAUAAAGUGCUGAAUUAUCCCGGGAUAAAUCUUUACUGUGCGAGUAAAUAUGCUGUGACCGCUUUGACUGAGACCCUGAGGCAUGAGUUGAAUGCUAUUGAUUCUAAAAUUAAAACGACUAGUCUCAGUCCUGGGUUAGUCACUUGUGAAAUGACAACUCUUAAUCCUGAGCUUAGUGAGGAGCGUAAAAAGUUGCGCGUCACUUUGCCGAUACUAGAUCCAGAGGAUGUUGCUGAGGCUGUAGGAUAUGUCUUAUCCACUUCUGAAAAUGUUCAGAUUAAUGAGUUAACUAUCACUCCAGUUGGCGAGAAAUUUUAAAUUCACAUCCAUUGCCUAUUUCCUGUUAUCUGUUCCAACGCAUUUACAAUUGCUCUUAUUCUUAAUAAAACUGAGUAAUAUUUU